AUGGCGAUCUGUACUUAUAACGCACGUACGCUUGCAUCGGAAGCGGCCAUCGAAGAUCUGAUGAUGCAAUCCAAGAAGAUCAAGUACGACGUCAUCGGACUGACCGAGACGAGACGACGUCACCCUCUCAAUGCCGUAUAUGAAACUGGAGAAGAAAUGUUCUUAGGAGCAUGCGACAGUAGAGGUGUUGGUGGAGUUGGCUUUCUCGUCAACACGAGUAUGGCAAAGAACAUCGACUCUUUCGAACAACUUACGACCCGAAUCGGACGUCUGCGAAUGAGAAGUGGUCCAACACCAGCUUUGACUAUCUUCGUCGCUUUCGCUCCAACAUCAAGCUACGAAGAAGAAGAAGUCGAAGUUUUCUAUAUGGACCUGGAGAAGUUAUACCGAGAAGAUCAUGCCUGGUCAUAA